AUGAUUUUUCUUAUUGUGUUUUAUUUCCAGGUGGAGCAGCGAGAUGUCCCUGGAAUCGACUGCGCGCACCUCGCAAUGGACACCGAGGAAGGCGUGGAGGUAGUGUGGAACGAGGUGCAAUUCUCCGAACGCAAAAACUUCAAGGCACAAGAAGACAAGAUACAAAUGGUUUUCGACAAUCUCACGAGGCUCGAACAUCCGAAUAUAGUCAAAUUUCACCGAUACUGGACCGACACGCACAACGAUAAGCCAAGGGUAAUUUUUAUAACGGAGUAUAUGUCCUGCGGAUCACUGAAGCAGUUCCUGAAACGCACGAAACGCAAUGUGAAGCGGUUACCACUGCAGGCGUGGAAGAGAUGGUGUACACAAAUUUUGUCGGCGCUCAGCUAUCUCCACGGUUGCGUGCCGCCCAUUGUACAUGGGAACCUAACCUGCGAUACAAUUUUCAUCCAGCACAACGGCCUAGUAAAGAUCGGCUCUGUGGCGCCGGACGCCAUCCAUCACCACGUGAAGACCUGCCGCGAGAACAUGAGAAACAUGCACCUUAUUGCACCCGAAUACGGAUCAUCGCAAAUGGUGACGCCCGCAAUGGAUAUCUACUCUUUCGGAAUGUGCGCCCUGGAGACUGCCGCACUUGAGAUACAGGGCAACGGUGACUCGGGCAGCCACGUAACAGAGGAACACAUCAUAAGGACGGUCGAAUCUUUAGAAGAACCAAGGCAGAAGGACUUCAUAUACAGGUGUAUAAAUAAGGAUCCGGCGAAGAGGCCCACAGCGAGGGAACUUCUCUUCCAUCCAUUACUCUUCGAAGUUCACUCACUGAAGUUGUUAGCUGCACACACACUCGUGAACACAACCGCGAACAUCUCGGAGACGAUCACGGACGAGGUGUGCAGCGGCGGCGCGGCGGGCGCGGGCGGCGCGGCGCUGGCCUGGUGCGUGCGUGGCGGCGAGCGCACCGAGUUCAGCGCCAAGGACCUGCAGCCGCAUGCCGAGAAGCUGGAGAAGUUCGUCGAGGACGUCAAGUAUGGCAUCUACCCGCUGACUGCGUACGCGUGGGGCGGUCGUCGAGCCGCGUCGCCGUGUGAGCGCGCCGCCGAGAGCGCGCCCGCAUCGCCCGAGCCGCGCGACCUGGAGACGCGCCGCGUCGUCAACAUGAUGUGCAGCCUCAAGCCGCGCGCGCCGCACGACGCGCACGACCUGCUGAUGACUAUCCUUCUGCGCAUGGACGACAAGAUGAACCGGCAGCUGACGUGCGCCGUGUCGCGUCGCGACUCCGCGCCUGCGCUGGCGCACGAGCUCGUGCAGCUUGGCUUCAUACACGAGGCGGAUCGGGAUAAGGUGUGUCGGCUGAUCGAGGAGUCAUUGCGAGGCAGCUUCGGGCACUGCACGGUGGCCGCGCACGCGCCGCGCGCGCAGCACGUGGCCAGCUAG